AACAAAACAAAACCCACGCCAUGACGUAAACCCUUUUGGACAUUGGAGCUUUGGCUCUGAUUUAGCGGGUGUGCUGAAACGAAACUUCCAUUUGCUCAAUGGCGUUUCUUGCUUCUUCAUCUUCUACUUCUCAUUCAUUCACUUGUUCUUACCCUUCCUCUCAAUUCCUCUCUCGACCCAAAAUUGCCGGCCGUCCGUUUCCCUCUUCGUUCUUAUCAAUCCCUCAUUUGAUCCCAAGAAGACCCAAUUUAUCCCGUUCUCUUAUCGCUGCGGCGGCGAAGAGCGGCGGAAAUGUGGUGCCAUCGAAAAACCAAAAAGAAAACAAGAAAGAAGUAGUUGAGAAAGAUACGGAAGAAGUGGAGGUGGAAGUUGAGGAGGAAUUGCCGUGGAUUCAGGAGAAGGCAUUGGACCUUGUUGAGUUCACUGGUUCUGUCACUCAAGCCAUUCCUGGACCCAGAGUUGGCACCAGCUCUUUGCCUUGGAUUCUUGCUGUUCCUUUAGCUUAUGCCGGUAUCACUUUUGUCAUUGCUUUUGUCAAGACUGUUAAGAAAUUCACUUCUCCCAGGCACAAAAGAAAGAAAUUGGUUAAUAAAAAUGCUAUGCUUUGCAAAUCAAUAGAUGAGUUGUUUCAGCAAGGAAGUGAUGCAAUAGAUCAAUCAGCACUAAAGGGAUUAGUGCAAAAGACAGGUUUUAGCAUGGAGGAGAUUUUGCGGAAGUACGUUAGGUAUUCAUUGAAUGAGAAACCAUGGAGUGCAGAUUUGGUUGCCAGGUUAAUUCAGCUCAGGAAAGCAUCUAUUCUGGAUGAUUCCCAAGUUGCUGAAAUUUUAAAUGAAAUCUCAAGACGGAUUGUGCGUGAAAAAGGCCCAGUUGUCAUGGACAUGUCAGGAUUUACAGAAAAGGGAUUUAAGAGAAAGCUUGCUGUGCAGGGCCUUUUUGGGAAGGUUUUGUAUCUAUCUGAGUUGCCAGAGUUCUGUUCGAGGGAUAGCUCCUUAAUUGUCAAGGAAAUAUUUGGGGUUACAGACGAGGAUGCAGACAAACUUCGGCUGCACACUUUCUCUGAAGCUGGGGAUAUGGAUUCACUUGAGAAGAUGGUUGACGGUUCAGAUUCAGAAGAUUCCAGCGAGGAUUCAUCUGAUGCUGUUUGAUUUCAUAAUGCCAUUGCAAUGAAAAUGAAUUUAGGUGCAAAGAAAAGUUUGAGGAUGCCAGAGUUUGGUCCCUACCCAAAAACUUACCCGAAAUUGAUGUUCGUUGGCAAUGUUGUUCUGGGGUUAUUUAAACUCUAAGAUUUUGAUGAGUUUCUUCCCUUAUGUGGUAGAUCGUAAGCAAUUUUUAUACAAUUCAAAUGAACUUCAAACUUGUGUAAGAACUGUGAUAGUUUUGUAUCUUGAAAUUGCUCAAGAUGCACUUAUACGGUGUAAUUUGGGUACGAGUAGCAUUUUAUUCUGUAUGUUAAAGCAAGACAGGUCAAAAAAAAAUUUAUCUAUGCGUAUUUUGCUGAAUGCAAUGAUUCCGUUAGUGUAAUUGUUUGUGAUAUUUUCUC